AUGCCCAAUUUUACCAUUCCACCUCCGCAACCGCAACACGCGCUUCUCUCCUUCCCAGCUCCGCACAUCCUCCUCGUCACCCUCAACCGGCCCCGCGACCUCAACUGCAUCAACUCCCAAGGCCACAGCGACCUCCAUGAUGUGUGGGAGUGGCUCGACGAGGAGCCCAGCUUGCGUGUGGGCAUUAUCACUGGCAAGGGCCGCGCCUUUUGUGCCGGCGCCGAUCUUAAGGGCAAGUGUCAAGAAUGGAACUCCUCUGCACAAUCUAGCGGCCGCAGAGCGCCCACCCCGUCCACCGGCUUCGGCGGGUUGGCGCGCCGCAAAGGCCGCAAGCCUGUGCUCGCCGCGAUAAACGGGCUCUGCUUCGGCGGCGGGACGGAGAUGAUAAUCAACGCAGAUUUGGUGGUUGCGUCGUCGCGGGCGACGCUGGGCCUGCCGGAGGUGAAGCGCGGGGUGGUGGCGAUGGCGGGGGCGCUGCCGCGGCUGGUGCGCACGGUGGGCAAGCAGCGGGCAAUGGAGAUGGUGCUGACAGGGCGGGCGUAUAGCGCGGCACAGGUGGCGGAGUGGGGGCUGGUAAAUGAGGUGGUUGAUGUGGGGGGCUUGGACAAGGGGAAUGUGGAGGGGGUAAAUGAGGCGGUGGUGCGGCGUGCGGUGCAGGUCGCUGGGGAGAUUGCGGCGAAUAGCCCCGACGCGGUGCUGGUGAGUCGUGAGGGCGUGAAGCUGGGAUGGGAGGGGAUUGGCGCGGACGAGGCGACGGUGAUGUUGAAUGAGACGUGGGUGCGGCGGUUGUAUGAGGGCGAGAAUAUUAAGGAGGGGCUGAGGGCGUUUGUGGAGAAGAGGGCGCCAGCUUGGAAGGAUAGUAAGUUAUAA